UGUAUUCACGCGCAGACAAUCAAAAUAAAUUUUGUGGAAAAUUCUUCUCAGUGAAUUUUUGUUAUCUGUAAAUGGAAAAGCCUUUGGUGUGCUUUUUGAUUCCAUUUUUAUCAUAAAAACGAACAGAACAAAAAAAAAUGAAAAUAUUUUUAAACAAUAAAAUCAUGAUAAUAAAAUAAAAUGAUAAAGUGAAUGCAAAAAGAAAGGAGCCGACGAAUAGUGUGUCGAAAAGCGUAACUGUUCCAUUCAUCGGAGCCAUUUCAAAGACCUUGUGGAAAAAUAUUUUACUCUGAACGAGAAAAGAAGAACUAUUUUUUGGUGGAUUAAAAUAUAAUAGAUGUGCGCUGCAGUGUGAAUAUAAAAAAAAAUUAUAUCUCGGAAAAACCUCAAACUGUUUCUGGAUUAAGAUUUUGGGAUACCCGAUUGUUAAAAUAAAACUUGAACUUUUUUUGCACAUAAUUUCGAAUGAUAUGAACGGCAGAUUAAGGCGGUCGUUUUUUUCCUGAGCAAAGGAUAAAACUGUGUUCCAACAAACCAGCAGCUAAAGUGUCACUGAUUUAAUUUGGCUAAAUUCAUGAUGAGAAUGAGAAUCCGGAAAAUAUGCAUACAUAUCAAUUAAUAGUUCUGUUUUUAUACAUAACAUCAACGAGAAGCGAUGAUUGGACAUCGAGCUGUCCAACCAGUUGUGUAUGCAAAUGGACGAACGGCAAAAAAUCAGUCAUAUGUAAUACACUUCAGCUGACCACCAUACCAACGACCCUUUCAACGGAAGUGCAAGUUCUUUACUUGAAUGAGAAUAACAUCGCGUAUUUGAAUCGUGAAGAAUUCACAUCACUUGGCCUAGUUAAUUUACAAAGAAUCUAUUUGAAAAAAUCAAACAUAAUCUACAUACAUCGGGACGCUUUUAAGAAUUUAAAAAUUUUAGUCGAAUUAGAUUUAAGUGAAAAUGCAAUUGAAACGUUGGACAAGCUAACAUUCAACGGCAACGAUAGACUGAGAAUUCUAUAUUUGUACGGUAAUCCAUUGAAAAAAUUGGUUGCCUAUCAAUUUCCUGUUUUGCCACAUUUACGAAGUUUGGACUUACAUAAUUGCCAAAUUAGUAGCAUUGACAGUCAGGCUUUUGCUAAUUUGGAAUUGUUGGAAUUGUUGAAUUUGAAAAACAAUCUGGUGGAAAGUGUGUCCGAAAAUGUAUUUGAAUACAUGCGGAACCUGAAAACAUUGGUGCUGGAAGGCAAUCCGUGGAAAUGCAAUUGUAAAUUACGAAAAUUCCGCAACUGGUACAUUCAAAGCAAUUUAAACAGUCUCAGUUUAACCUGUCGCAGUCCAUUCGUUUUCCGAAACAAGCAAUGGGAAGAUGUGGAAGAAAUUCAAUUUGGAUGCCCUCCGAAAGUAGACAUUUUUAGUGAUGAUAUUUACAAUGUGGACAUCGGCACCAAUGUAACAUUCGGAUGUUUAAUCUAUGGUGACCCAUUACCGUCCGCCUCGUGGGACUUUAAUGGCAAAGACUUUGAAAAUGACAAUUUUUUGUACGAGGAGGAAUUUUACACCGACACUCUGUGGCGCAAUUUAACAAUAUUCAACAUUACCACCUUUGAUGCCGGGGUGUAUGUGUGUUCAGCAAAAAACAAUAUCGGUUUUGCUAGCAAAAACGUUUCGAUUUCGCUAACCGAAAUCGUUCAACCAGUCAUCGAAAAGGGGCCGGAAACAUUUUGGUACUUCGGUCUCAUACUCGGCACCUUCGGAACCGUUUUCGGUUUAAUUAUCAUUUCAUUCUUGGUUUGUUUAUGUAAAAAAUCAACCCAACGGCGACGUACGAUAAAAAAUAUCAAAGGCAGUGUCAGUUUCAAUGACCAAGAGAAGAAGCUCCUCGAUCUUAGCAUCACAACGAACGAUCGUCAAGAUAGUUGUGAAAUUGCCCAUACUCCCUCCACAAACAAAACUGAAUCAGUUUUAGCAUUAGAACCAGUACAAAUAACAAUUGAAAAUAUGUCAAGAAACGACGAAUUUCCCCUAAAUGUCGGCGUAUUUCCUCCGCCACCCGAAUUCUGUUCAAAUGUUGUUGCCAAUCCAGCAUACGGAAACAUUUUCAUUUCCGUAUCAUUGACGCCAGACGCUAUGGAAAAUCCAGACGUGAACAUUUAUCCAGAUCUUCUCAACAUUCCGAACAGAGUCAUUGGAAAACUGUUUCCCAUCAAUGUGUCUUCAUACGUUACACUACCCCGCAACAAUCGACAUCGAUCGAAUGCACCGAACGAUACGACCAAUCGGCUGCAAAAUGUUAUAAAUUAUCAGAAUUUGGAGACGAAUCAUAUGAACGAUGGCGUUGGCAAUGUCGGCGCGGUAAGUUUGUGCGCUGGCUGUCUGAAAAAUCAGGACCAGUAUGCGUCGACCCUUGGCAAAGAUGAAUGCGAAAUCACAACAAGCCUCUAUCCCAUCAAAUACGAUAACAUGGGAAGGCGGAUAACAGCCAGCGGAUGUCAAUUGCCUAUCACACUGGAAGAGGACGAAACGCAAAGGGAGCAUAAUGAUGGAAGUGACGGUCAAGGUGGUGAUGAACAGAUGAAUAUGCCAUCUGGUCACCCAUUACCAUCGGGAUGUGAUUAUGUGUCGCUGUAGUUUCCAAAUAUAUUGGCGCGUAGUAAUUUUGAAUGUUAUUAACGAACCAAAAAAAAAAAUGGAAUUUAAAUUACAAAGUAAAAGAUUUAAAAUUAAAAUGGUUGCGAAAACUGACACAUUCCUCAUUUGCAUAUAGUUAAAAAUUUAAAUGAAUUAAUUAAUUUAUUGGUUAAUGCUGAGGUGUAAAGUAUAUUAUAAAUAGUAAGUCCGAUGAUUUAUAUGAAUAGAGAAAAUUGAUCAUUUCUAUAUAUGCACGAAAGGUGGCGCUGAAAAUUUGUCGUAUAAGAAUGGGAAACGUUUUUUUUUGGUGUGCCGGGCCGGGGAUUGUGUUCUAAAAUAUUUCAAUUAAAAAUCUUAAAUAUCAUUAAUUUAACAACGAUACAGGAAACCAGAAAUAUUUUUAAUAUAAGAAAAAAAAGCGAACGAAAAUUUCUUCAUUUCUUUUAUAUUUAGUU